AUGUCUGAAUCACCAUUAAUCACACCAUUAUUACAACAAUAUCAAGUAGAAUUGUAAACGAAAUUGAAUGAAUGCUUUGAAAAUAAUGAAGUUAAGGGGAUAUUACAUCUAAUAGAUUAACUUGGAUAAGAUAUAAAAGAUGAGCCUUAACUUUAAGAUUUACUCAAUCUAUAAUUAUUAAGAAAAUUGAUGAAGCAUCUCUCAUCAACUAAUCCUUAAUAAGUGAGAAGCUCAAUAAUAAUAUUGGAUGCAAUAAUGCAAAGAAAGAUUAUAGCAAAUAGGCUACUUCAUUAAAGAGGUGCUGAAAGAACAAUGGUGGAUCUAGCUAAUAGUUUAUUGAAUUUAUAACAAUAAUUAAGGCAUACAUCUUUAGAAUUUCAUAUAGAUGAACUAUUAAUCGGUUUAUAAGUCAAAUAUGUUGAUAAGAAGUAAUCAGAUCUAAGUGUUUUGAAAUAAGCUUUGAAAUAAUUUUAGGAUAACAAUAGUCUUUUUAUCAAACAACUAUAAAUACUCUUAUCCUCAUGUGAAAGUAUCAUAGAUUAAUAUUAUUUAUUCGGAAGUCAUCUUCAAGAACUCAUUUAUGAAUAUCUUUUAAUGAUUAGGUAAAUGGAAGAAAAAUAAUAAGUCAACUUUCUUACUUAACUCUUAGGAAUUUAUGAAAGAUAUAUAUUGGAUGUUCAAUAUACAAUAUAAGAUAUGUAAUAGAGAACUUACUAUAUUAAAAUAGAGAAACAAAUGAUUCUACACUAGAUAUCUAAUAUGUAUAAAAGUUGUGCUCAAUUAUUGAAUAUGAUAUUAGUCUUGCCUGAAGAAAUUGGACUCCAGAAGAGAACUUAUCUUAUUAUUAAAGUUUUAUAUAAAUAUAUUCCUGGUUUAAGAAUAGCUUUGAUGGGACCAUUAUAAUUAGUAAUGCGCAAUCUAUCUCUCUUUUUACAUAAAGAUGCUUAAGAAUACAAAGAAAUAACUAUUUUUUUAUAUCAAUUAAUUCAUUCAUCAGAUUAUGAUGAUAAAUUUAAGUAAUCUCUACUUGAGGAUGAAGAUCUUGCAUAUCUAAGGGAAAACAAGUAUUAUAAUCUAUUUAUAUAUUAUAGAUACUUUUCUGUUAAAGCUUUAAGUUAUGUAGAUGAGUCAUAAAGUGUACCAUCUCUGAGAAAUUUAAAUAUAUAAGCAGCUUUCCCUUGUUAUGUUAUAAUUUAAGCUGCAUCCAUCUAUUCUUAUUCAUUCAUGGUUGAUAAGCCUAAUUCACUUAUAUUUUGGAGCUUUAGAACUCUAGAUUAUGAUGUAUCAUUUGGACUAUUCAAAUUAUAAACAAUUGAAGAUUUGGGAAUAAUUGAUUAUCUUAAUGAGAAAAACGGAGUUAAAUCUUUGAUCAAGCUAUAAAGAAUUGAAUCUCAUAAACAACCCAUAAUUGGAGUCACCGUUAUAUCGAAUCCAGGACUUUAUAGAAUUAUUUUUGAUAAUAGUUAUAGUUAUCUUAGGUCCAAAUAAUUGUUUUACAGUAUUCAUUUGCUAGAAACUAAAUGA